AUGAUAGAGCCCUCUGAUAAUGAGGUCGCCGAAGAGGUGACUGAAGAGGCAGAGGACAUAGAUGUCGUUGCCGAAGAUCUCGAGAAGGGCUCCGAGCAGGGCGCUAAGGAGCCGGAGAAGUAUUCUUUUUGUGCGUGUACCGGACUACGCACCGGUGCGCAUGGAAGACAUGUCCAAAUUCUCGUUUCCGUUGAAGGCUAA